AAAGGGAGUGGGAGAUGGAUCCCUUCGUCUCCCUCCACGGUCACGAGUGAGGGUCAGCAUUCGUCUUCCUUGGAUACCUCCCCCAGGAGCAUCGACAAGCACUGCCUUCCCAUGGAUCGCGUCAUCGUCGAGACUGAGCUCAAAGGCACCCUUCUCCAUCGCCUCCAUCAUCUCGAGGAUCGUCUCUCCAAGUUGGAACACGAGCUCGAGAGGAAAACAGAGGAGAACAAACCCAAGAAGCAAAAGGGCCUAAAAAAACUCGUCAAAAAGGUCGUCCGUUACGGGGGAUCCCCCCGUUCCCUGUAAUUUUCCAAACAUCGCACUCUUCACUUCUAUUAAGGUUUGAGUUUUAGAGUCAAGCUUAGGGAGCCUGUUUUUCUGCUGUAUUUCCAAGAGACUGAUGAAGUGUGUGGAUAGGUCCUUUUUUUUUGUCUGUGCGUGCACUUGCGCUUUUUUUAUUUUUAACUUUGAUAAAAAAAAGAAUGUAUAUGGACUAAAAGGAUUUGCAGACAAAUUGAUGGAUCUUUUGUGGUAAUUCUCGCUCACUUCAUGGAUUAUUUCCAAAAAAAAUUGAUUAAGAUAAUGGUACGGGAACAGUUUGCACAACUCAAAACUCAAACUCAGCAAUGGGCUCGUCACGUGUCAAUAAAAUUGGACUUAAAGUUGGGCCUUGGUUGGGCCCCAUUCAUAAAGACUAGGAUCCCCGCGAAAAUCAAUCCUCCAAAAGGAAUCAAAAUCCCUUCCAUCUCCUUGCGCCUUGGAGGAAUUCAAGUCAGAUCUUCGUCGGAGUUUCUGAUUCCUGAUCUGGAUAUGGAAGAGCACUUGGCAAACUCUCCUCGGCUUGAUGGUAUCGAAGCUAGGUAUAUCUCUGGUCUGAGUACUAUAAUGGUUGCCACCAUCCAGGAAGCCAAAGACAGGAUUUCUCAGAUCGAGUACAUCUUCUGCAGCCAAUUAUUCCCAACUCUUCAAUCAAAUUCAAAACCCCUGAAAAUGGUUUAUUCCGAGGCUCGUAACGCGGCCGAGGAUUCCUGGAAAGAGACUGAAAAGGGUCUGUUAUGUGAGAUUGAAGAGCUUAAGCUGCAAAACCAACAGAUCUUGGCUGAGAAUCGGGCCCUAAAACUGGAGAAGGAAAAGCAAUCCCGAGAAUUUGAUUCAACUUCUAGCCUGCUUCUCAAGGUAAGAACCCAGCAUGAGAAAAUUGAGGAGUUAACAUUGGAGUUAAGGGAGAAAUCAAAGGAACCUGAUGAUGGGAUGGAGUUCUACAACAGACUGGUACAGUUUGAGAGUCCGGAUUUGCUCAAUAAAGAGAAGCAAUUAAAAGAGCACGAAAAGGAGAUUAAUAUGCUUCUUUCUCAAGUGAAGAGCCUGGAGAGAAAGACAGACUUUCUUCAAGAGGAACUUUCCAGGAAAUCCUUGGUGGCAGAGAAUCUGCUGAAGAAACUAGAAUCUCUGUCGGUAGAGUCCACAAACAGCGAGCACAAGCUAAGCUGUCUUGGAGAAGAGAAGGAAAGACUGAUUACCAGGUUGCAGAUUUUUGAGGAAAACGUCCGUAGACUAGAAGAGUUGUUAAGACAUAAAACUGACGAGCUUGAGGAUGGAAGGAAGAUUCUGGAAGGAUACCGUAAAAAACUCAAUUUGACUGAGAUAGAAUUGCUGGAGAAGAAACAACAGCUAGCUGAUGAUGAGAAAGAAAAGAAGUUGCUUUUGGAGAAAGUAAGAACCUUGGAGAAGGAAGCUAAUAAAAUGCAUAAACAGCUUGGAGAACGAGGUUGCAAGUUCCUUGGAGAAAGAGGGGAGUAUGAAGCUUUAUGUUGCCAGAAAGAAGAAAAAUCACCCGCGUUAGCUUUGGAGAGAAAGAGAAGAAAAGAGGCGUAUGAUGCUUACAAAAGGCUAAAAUCUCAAUAUAAUUUCCUCUGCAAGAGGUUCGGCCUUUCUGCUGACUCUGUUCUUCACCAAGAUCUUGAGGAAACUAAGCAACUGGAGCAGAAUGAGAGAGGUUCGGCUGUUCCACUUGGUAUUGGUAGGUGUUCUUCGCCCUAUCAUUUCCUUAAUCCCUGUUUUGCUAGAUUUUCCAGCUGUCAGUAUUUUCUCCGUGAGAAAGAGAGAAUAACCGAAACGGCUCAGGUGCUGGCUUCUUCUCCUCUCACUAUAAGCUUGCCUAGUGCUAAAAAUAGUCUAUCUGACGCAAAACCCGCAUCAAUAACUGGAUCUAAGCGUCCUGCUACAAGCUGGAGGGACACAAGGUCCCGUCAAUCCCCAGGUGUCUUGGAUCCUCAUGAUGAUUUUCUAGAUACUCCCUUUGAAAAUAUCAGGAAGGACUUGGUCAUAGUCAGGGGGGAAGAAACCCAAGACCUUUCUGAUGGUAAGAAACAUGAUUCAGAUAAGGAGACACAGGACAUGAAUCCUAACACUAGUCCAACAAAAAAACGGAUUCAGGUAGUCGGAACGAGUAAAAGAGCUUUCAAGUACGUGACAGCUGUGAGGAAAAAAUCUGAAAGGGAAAACUUGAAAGGAAUAGAAUGCAAGCAGUGCAAGAAAUUCUAUGAUGCUGUUCUUCCAGAGAAUGAAGGGGAGGAGACUGGUGGCAACAAGAAAAGCUUCAGAUGCGAACACCACGAAGGAGUUUCGAGGCAUCGGUACAAACAUGCACCUCCAAUGACUCCUGAAGGGUUUUGGAACAUUGGGUUCGAGUCAGAAAUGUGAAUCUCCAUAGGUGUGGAGCUCCUCUUUCGGGUGCAUAUUGAAGUUCGUAGCUACAAAAGAUAAGUGCUGGGUGGCAUAACAAUGGAAAAAUCUGCUCAUCAAAUGGUCGUAUGAGCAAUAGAGGUCUGUUCAUUCAACAGCUAAUUUUAACUUUGAUUCCCUAGUUCAUUCAUGUAUGCAAAUUUCCAGAUUCAAACAGAUCUUUUGGGUCUGUUGUAA